AUGGAGAAAACGUCAGCAAUUUUUGUAUUCCUUUUCGUGGGAACUUUUGUCACCGUUUUUCAAGUUUCAGAUGCCACAGAGACUUCCAAUGCAAUUUUCAUAUUUGGUGACUCAACGGCUGAUGUGGGAACAAACUCUUUCUUGCCCAUGGCCAAAAUACGUGCCGAUUUUCCUCACAAUGGGAUUGAUUUUCUCAAUUCAAGACCCACGGGACGCUUUAGCAACGGUUUCAAUAGCGCCGAUUUUCUAUCUAAGCUAAUGGGGCGUCAAAGAAGCCCACAACCAUACUUGUUUCUUCAAAAAGCGGGACUCACGAACCGAAUGUUCAGUGGCGUAAAUUUCGCCUCUGGAGCAUCCGGUCUUCUAGAUGUCACAGGAAAAGAUUUGAACAUUGUAUCUAUGUCCGAUCAAAUCAAACAAUUUGAGACUGUGUGUAGCAAUCUAACAUUAGUAAAGGGUCAAGAUGCGGCAAAGAACAUGCUAGCCAAAUCCAUGAUCGCUAUCAGUGUCGGUAGCAAUGACAUUUUCGGCUAUUUUGAAACCCGAAGCACGGUUGAUCCUGUUGUUUUCAUUGGUUCUUUAAUGGCAGCAUACGAGUGUCACAUAAAUGCAUUGUACAACCUCGGAGCAAGGAAAUUCGGGAUUAUAAGUGUACCACCAAUCGGAUGUUGCCCAUCACAGAGAAUUUACAAUUCCACCGGUGGAUGUUUGGAGAUUGAAAAUACUUUUGCUCGAGCUUUUCAUUCAUCGCUUGAUGCCCUCUUAAAGAAACUCACAUCUAAGUUGUCAGGAUUGAAGUAUUCACUAGGAAAUUCAUACGAAAUGACAAUAAAUGUUAUCAAUCAUCCACAACUCUUCAAUUUCAAAUCAGUUGACACGGCAUGUUGUGGAGAAGGGUUGUUGAAUGCAGAAAAGACUUGCACUCCGCAAGCAAAAUUAUGUUCGGAUCGAGACAAGUACCUAUUUUGGGACUUGUACCAUCCGACGCAAUAUGCUUCCGAGCUUGCAGCUACGACUUUAUACAACGGUGGACCGCAAUUUGUGACCCCAAUUAAUUUUGCUCAGUUAGCUGCUUAUUGA